ACAUCCUCUUAUCCAAACAUGCUCUUGUAUAAAACAAGAUAAUGGCUUUGAACAUACCUUGCUUUGCUUCACUUGGUACCAAAUUGCAAGAUCAGCUUAAUUACAGCAAGUUCAAUGGUGUGGAAAAAGUGAAAAGCAUCAUAAAGAAGACAGUUAUUCCUUUUAUAAAUAGUAAUCCUGUUGACUCUCUUCAAAAGGGAAAUUGGGUCAAGCUCAUUUGUGGUGCUAGCUUUGAGGAUUUGGUGGAUAUCAGGAACCUUUCUCUGGUUUAUACUCUUGCUGGAGUUGAUUGCAUUGACUGUGCUGCUGAGACGUCGGUAGUGAAUGCUGUAAAUGAAGGGAUAGAAGCAGCCAGAGCCCUCGUGCACAUUCGAAGGCCUUGGGUAAUGAUCAGUGUUAAUGAUGAUGAAGAUCUUCAUUUUCGUAAAGCUGAAUUUGAUCCGGAUGAUUGCCCCCAGGAUUGCAUGCGACCUUGUGAGAAAGUCUGUCCUGCUAAUGCAAUAUUGCAAAAGCAGGGCGGAGUUUUGGCUGAGCGCUGUUAUGGUUGUGGUCGUUGCCUUCCCGUUUGUCCUUAUGACAAAAUAAGAGCUAUUACAUAUGUGAGAGAUGUUACUGCUACAGCUGAACUUCUUGAAAGGGACGAUGUUGAUGCCAUAGAAAUUCACACCAGUGGAAGGGAGCCUGCAGUAUUUAAAGAACUUUGGACUGGGUUGGGGAACUCAACUGCAAAUCUGAAGCUUGUGGCAGUUAGCUUUCCAGACUUGAGAGAUUCAACCAUACUUGCAAUGAAAGCUAUGUACUCCAUAAUGGAAGCCGACAUACAAUGCUUCAACUUAUGGCAGUUGGAUGGUCGACCAAUGAGUGGAGAUAUUGGGCGAGGUGCCACGAGAGAUGCAAUUGCUUUUGCACUAAAAUUGGCCUCUGCUGGAGACAAGCCUAAAGGUUUCCUUCAGCUGGCUGGUGGUACAAAUGCUCACACAGUAGAGGGGUUGAAAAAAGAAAGAUUAUUCCAAACACCGACCAUACAUGAGGCUUCGAGAUAUGAGACAAUUCCGAGCACCUUAUAUUCACCAAAUGCUUUGAUCGCUGGUGUGGCUUUUGGUGGCUAUGCACGAAAGAUAGUCGGUAGGGUUUUGAGUUCUGUGCAAAGUCAUCACGGACUUGCUCGUGUCGAAGAUUUCCCCGAGCAACUGCUGCAGGCUAUUAUUGAAUCAGUUGCUCUGGUUGGAACUGUUAAAUGUUACAACCGCCAGAAUCAGAGCACUUAGAUUGCAUCUGAGGUUGAUACACCAGCAGGAGUUUAGAAUUACGAGGUCUCGGGAAGGCCUGUCCAAGGAUUGAUGAUGGUUGUUGGUAGAAUAAGUAUCAAGUACAAAGGUCAAAAUCAGAGAUAACGGUUUUAUAGCUCAUACAGAAUGUAGAUAUACAUAAUACAUCAUUGCAGAUUCGCAGGGGAAGGCUUCAAAAUUUUGAUUUAACGGAAAUUCUUGACGCAAAGGCGGCAAAUAAAUCUGUAUAGCAUACAGAUUGCGUGGACUCUAGCCUACAAUGUGUGAGUUAACGAAUUGCAGUUCUAGCGAAGCCGAAGUCACAAUUUGGUGAUUAACUCAUGACCA